GCUGUUUAUUUUUUUGCUCUCAUCACAAACAAUGGCACUAAAAAUAUAUAUUUCUUCUCUUUUCCAUCCUCAUUCUUCUUCUCCGACGCCUUCUCCUCCACCGCCAGCCCAUCUCCACCGCUGCCAAACCCGAACCUGGCCCUCUACCCCACAUUCACUAAUCCAAAAAUGCAAAAGGCAGUGACCAAUCUGGUGAAUGAGCUCAAUGAGAAAUCAAAGUCGAUGAGAAGAGGUGAGGAUAAAAAAAUGACCAAAACUGAAGCAGGUCUUGCAAGGGCAAGAGCCUUGAUUAAAGACGCGAUUAUUAAAGGUCGUACUUCAGAAAUAGCAUUUGAUGAGAAGGAUCCUGAUUAUAUCCCCCGGGGAGAAAUAUACAGGAAUGCCUAUGUAUUUCAAAGGAGUUAUAGGUUAAUGGAGAGCAUGUUGAAGAUAUAUGUCUACGAAGAAGGCGACCCACCUUUGUUUCACAAUGGCCCUUGGAAGGACAUAUAUUCUACAGAAGGCAUUUUACUUGGGUUGAUUGAGUCGAGCAGCAAAUUCAGAAGCUAUGAUCCUGACGAGGCCCAUCUCUAUUUCCUACCAUUUAGUGUGGUCAUGAUCCUCCAGAACCUGUUCGACCCAAUCGAGCGCGACAAGGCCGUGCUCGAACGUGUCGUGGGAGAUUAUGUUCGCACGGUGUCCGCCAAGUACACAAAAGACGUAUCGAUACCUGAGAUCAACCUUCCAACCGGCGAAAUAACUGGGUUAACAUCGCCGGCAUCUUCCAACCGAACGACCCUAGCAUUCUUUGCUGGCCAACUGCACGGCCGCAUCAGAUCAUUGCUCCUGCAACACUGGAAAGACAAAGACGACAACAUCAAGGUGUUUGAAAAGAUGCCGUUGAGCCCUAGCAAUAGAAAUAGUAACUCGUACAAAGAGAUGAUGGAGAAUAGCAAGUUUUGCCUGUGCCCAAGCGGGUACGAGGUGGCGAGCCCGAGGGUUCCGGAGGCCAUAUAUGCAGAGUGCGUGCCUGUCUUGAUAUCCGAGAACUACAUUUUCCCCUUUAGCGACGUGCUGGAUUGGGACCGGUUUUCGGUUACGGUUUCAGUGGACGAGCUGCCGAAUUUGAAGAGGAUCUUGACGGGGAUAGGGGAAGAUGAUUACGAGGCUUUGCAUCGUGGGGUGAAGCAAGUACAACGACAUUUCUUGGUGAAUGAUCCGCCUAAGAGAUAUGAUGUGUUCCAUAUGAUGCUUCACUCUCUAUGGUUGAGGAGGUUGAAUCUUAGGAUAAAUGCU